AUGGUGCCUAAAAUGCUUGGUUUUGCGACAGCUUUUGUUGUAAUAACAGCAACAGCACUGAUCACACAAAGAGCAGAAGCUGAAACACACACAGUUGGUGAUGCUACGGGUUGGACCAACAUUGUUGAUUCCGACACUUAUUCUUCCUGGGCUGCCAAACAUACCUUCAAAGUUGGCGACACUCUAGUGUUCCAGUUCACAACUGGACGACAUGAUGUAGCCACACUUACAAAGAAAGCUUAUGAUGAAUGCAGCAAUACCGAUAUUCUGGGCGUACUAAACCAAGGACCAGCCAGUUACAGCCUCAACGAAACCGGCGAUUACUACUUCAUCUGCGCCUUCCCAGGCCACUGUAGCGAGGGUCAGAAGUUGAGCAUCAAAGUGACAGCUAGCCGUGCUGCUGCCCCUCUUCCUUCUGACAGUAAAGUUCCUGCGUCGCCGCCAACCACAAUGGCUCCUCCUCCUUCUGACACUAAGACUCCUUUGUCGCCACCAACCACAACAGCACCUUCUCCGUCUGCAGCCUCUUCCCUAGCUUCUACUUUUUCUACUGUUUUUAUGUCCAUUGCCAUUGCUCUUUUCUGCCUCUUCUAG